CCUCCCGUUGACACAUUUGAUCGUAUCCACGGAUUCCAGAAGCGCCACGUGGAAAAAAUAUCUCAUCGUGACCGUAGAUUUUCUUGGAGAUUGUCGCCCAAGUUGGGCUCCCUAUAAAGACGGAAUAGUUGCAACGCUUCCUUUCGUCUUCCUCGUUUCAAUUCAAAGAGUAAUUCAGAAGGUUUUCUCUUGAAAAGGCAUCAAAAUUUUAUAUACAGAGCGAAAUGGCGGAUUCAGAAGCUAAGCAGCCAACAGAAACGGUACAAGUGAAUGAGAAAAGUUUCAAGUAUAUGGAGUUUGUUCAAGUGGCGGCGAUUUACGUCGUGGUGUGCUUCUCGAGCCUCUACGAGUAUGCAAAGGAGAACUCCGGUCCACUUAAACCGGGGGUUCAGACCGUGGAAGGCACCGUCAAAACCGUAAUUGGACCGGUCUACGAGAAGUUCCACGACCUUCCCUUCCAGCUGCUCAAAUUUGUCGAUCGCAAGGUGGACGAGUCCUUGGGCGAGUUGGACCGUCACGUGCCCUGUCUUGUGAAGCAGGCGUCGAGCCAAGCCCUAUCGGUGGCUCAGAAGGCUCCGGAGGUGGCUCGAACUGUGGCUUCGGAAGUCCAGCGAGCUGGCUUGGUGGACACGGCUAGGAACCUCACGGUGAGCGUGUACGCUAAAUACGAGCCGGUGGCUGAGCGGUAUGCGGUGUCGGCUUGGCGCUCACUGAAUGGCCUCCCGCUGUUUCCCCAAGUGACUCAGAUAAUGGUCCCUACGGUGGCUCACUGGUCGGCAAAGUACAAUCAGGCGGUUGGUUACACGGCCGACAGAGGCUACUCCGUGGCGGCGUAUCUGCCGUUGAUUCCGACGGAGAGGAUUGCCAAAGUGUUUGAUGAAGCCGAAAAUGGCCCUGCCGUUUCGACUAGUGGUGGAGCUGUUGCCAUGGAGCAGUGACAACCGUUGAUUUGGGUGUUCUUACGGGUUUACCCGUUUUCCUUGGUCUUGAAUUGUAAUUCAAGUGGUAACACUGUAUGGGCCGCAAGAAAAUUUUGGUUGGGUUUCGUUUAGCAUAAAUUUAGUUUUAGUUUUAGUUUUAUAUUUAUUUUAACCGCGUUCUUUAACUAAUAAAUUUGGUUGAACUUAAGUUUAA